UCACGAGCAGGUCCCACCAGCACUACCGCGACGAACACGUAUUAUUUUAUUUUUUAAAUUUAUUUGUAAAAAAUCCCCCUCCCCAAAAACAUAAACCGCAAACGGAAUUCUUCAGGACUUAUUUUUUUUGGGGUAGUAUUUCUGAGCGUCCCCUCCUCCGCAUCUCCAUUUUAAAGCUCCUCCUCGGCUCCAACUGUAAGUAGACGAAGCGGCAGAAUGACGUCACACUUCAGGAGCGGACCAGCCUUCGGUCUCUCUGCCGAGGUCAAGAGUAAGCUUGCAGGGAAGUACGACCACCAGAAGGAGGAGGAGCUGAGGCUGUGGAUCGAGGACGUGACGGGCAAAAAGGUCGGCGACAGCUUCAUGGAGAGUCUGAAGAACGGGGUGCUGCUGUGCGAACUCAUCAAUGUGCUCCGGCCGGGUUCUGUGAGAAGGAUCAACAGCUCCACUCAGAACUGGCACCAGCUGGAAAACAUCGGGAACUUUGUGCGCGGCCUCACGGAGUACGGCCUGAGGCCGGACGACAUCUUCGAGGCCAACGAUCUGUUUGAGAACACCAACUACACGCAGGUCCAGAGCACGCUCAUCGCUCUGGCUGGAAUGGCCAAGUCCAAAGGUUUCCACUCCAAGUACGACUUGGGAGUGAAGUACGCGCAGAAGCACCAGCGGCACUUCGCCCCGGAGAAGCUCCUGGAGGGACGCAACAUCAUCGGCCUGCAGAUGGGCACCAACAAGCUGGCCAGCCAAAAGGGCAUGACCUCUUACGGCACACGCCGCCACCUGUAUGACUCCAAGAUGGCCAUGGAGAACCCUCUGGACCAAUCCACCAUCAGCCUGCAGAUGGGCACCAACAAGGGAGCCAGCCAGGCCGGCAUGACGGCCCCGGGGACCAGGAGGCACAUCUACGACAAGAAGCUGGACCUGGAGCGCUGCGACAGGACCACCAUCUCCCUGCAGAUGGGCACCAACAAGGUGGCGUCGCAGCGCGGCAUGACCACCUACGGGCUGCAGCGCCAGGUCUACGACAACAAGUACUGCAGCGGCGCCACCGAGGCCUGCUUCAACAGCGGCAGCGAGGCGGAGUUCGACGGCUACCAGUGCUCUGACUAGAGAGGACCGCGGGACCCCCCCCUCUCCUCCCCCCUCCCCCUCUUUGCUUAACCUCAGACGACCAAUCACAGCUGUCUUUGUGACGAGCAACGACAACAACAAAACACACACAACCGGACGCCACCGUCGUCUCUUUCUAAACGUGCUUUUGCUCUUCGGGAAUUCCUUUUGUUUGUCUUUCCGUGAGUGACAAGUUUAUAAAAGUAGUGUUUGCACUGACGCGAUGACCUCGCGUCAAAGAUCUCGCGGGGCGGCAAAACCUCCGGGACUCGUUGCUCCGAUGGACUUUGUUACCGCUUAAAAAGAACAACAUAAAAGCAACACUUCUGACCUUUGCUAUUUAUAGAUUUUUUUUUUUUGCUAGUCUUUUAUACCUUUUAUUGUAAUUAGAGAUUUAUUUCUACUGUCCCCGCCCCCCCCAUCCCGACCCAUCCAAUCAUGUUUCAGCACCGACGAAGCUGAAUGUUCCAGUAAAAACCAAAUGUUAUUGAACCUUUUUGACCCAUCCAGGGAAAACCAGAGUCCACGUCCACACGGUCGGGCUCCGGGAAUCAAUGCACCUGUGGACCGGAGGGGGGGGGGGGCGACCCGAACCGGCAGCAGCAGCUUCGUGCGGACAUCGCUUUGUUUGUGAGCACCCGCGCUGUCAUGUUCACCAGCUGCCCGAUGGCCACCGGGACGCUUUCUUUCUUACAAGCUGUGGUGUGCACGAGCACAUUUUAUAGGAAGUAUUAAAAAGGGGGGGGGGGGUGUAGGUGUUGUGAUAUAUAGUUUGAAGUUGUGGUAAACUUAGUCACCAGUAGUCUUUGCCCUGUGGUUGAGCUCCGUCGGGACGCAGCGGUGGGACUUAAAGUACUUUUGACAAGUACACAUUUGAAGUACUUUGCUAGAGUAUUUUCUAUUUGAUGCCACUUGGAUGAUUAUUUUUUACUUUUUUUUAAUCCACAGCACUUCUUUGUCAGUUAUUUGUCACUUUUACAAUUUUACAAAUGAGGUUUUAUUAAUAUAACAAAUAGUGUAAUACUCACAGGGGGCUUUUUUCUAAUUUUGAAAGUACUUGCCGAAGUAGCUGUACCGAAAAAGUUCGAUGCUUCAUUACCAACGCUGAUAUUCAACUUUUAAAUCAUAAAUCAAUCGCUUUUAAAUCCGGUGCUGCAGAUUAGGCUACACUGGUGUCAUGGUGGCUGUGUAGGAUAAAUUCCUGUCACUCCAGUUAAGUCAAAAUUUACUGGGAACAUUUUUUAAUAAAUUCUUUACAAAAUUCACAUUUAUCCAUCGAAAUAUUCUACUUCUUAAUUCCUAUUUGUUGGCGUUUAGCUUGAAAAAAAUAUUGUCUCACCUGCUUGCUGCACACAGGGAGUACAUUUAGGGUGAUGACAUCAUUAAAUAUGAUGGACGUUCGACAACCUCCAAUAGAAGCUUAAAAAAAAACCCACACAUUUGGUGCAGCCCUCAACAUUUCAAAUGCGCGACUCGUAAUGGGCCUAUUUAACAUUUAUGGUAUGCAUACUCGAGUACAGUAAGACUACUUCGUCAACCACUGUCGAUAACUCUCAAUAUCAGAGUAGACUGUUCCGUUGAGCCCCCGAAUGCUUUGAAUGUGAUGCUCCUGCUGCUGGAUGGGAUUAAUUUUCAACGCCAAGUGUGCAUUCCUAAACAUCCAGAGGAGUCUCGGGUCCAGUGCUUCACAACACAACCCGGACUCGGUGAGCUCUUCCAGAUGCACCGGCUGUCAGAGUGAGGCGAUAAAUGGGCUUCACGUGCUGAACGGGUAGCAGAUUGGAGCUCUUGGCACGUCGCGGCGUGCCAUCUAGUGGGGGGAACAAGCACAUGUACACACUAUUUUGAAAUCCAUCCAACAUUCCCUUUUUGUAUUCAGUGAAAUGUAGUUUUUAGUUCCCAGAAUGUCAGUGUUGAGUGAAAUGUAAACAAACGCUUUGGCUUCUGUUUCAACAUUGUUUAAACCUAACGUCUUUGCUAACCUCUUGACUUUUUACAUUUGUUCACUAAACAUGACUGUGCAAUAAAAUGUAAAAAAAACACUUGAAAAAAA